AUGCCGCGACAGAAAGAUACAAAGCGCAUUGACCCCACGCGCGCGCGCGCCCGGGGCAAAAGGCCGAUGCGGCCGAGCCCCAUAAUGUCCACGACCAGUGCCCUUGUAGCUGCUACAGUUGCUGCAAAAGCAGCGCAAAAGGCGCUUGCGGCUGAACAGGCUGCUAACGCUACUUUGCAGGGACUCUCUGGCGUGCAGCUCGUGGUGCAUCAGAUGCUCGCAACGCACACGCAUUCGUUAGCGCAGCUCGACGUGGCAAGAGCCGAGUUCCCAAACACCAGGUUGUCGCUGAAACAGGUCGAGAUGAUGCUGCGGCCAGUGGUGACGCUGUGCAAUGCCCUGCGCGCAGAACAUUUUGGGAUCCACGUGCCGACGCCAGAGAUUGCGCGCACAAUGAAUGACGUCCACUAUUGGAAGCUGUGGGAGUCGGACUGGAUUGAUAUUGGCAUCUUUUUCAUGCCGCCGAAGAGCACCAUCCCGCUGCAUAACCACCCGGGCAUGAGUGUCGUCACGAGAGUACUCUAUGGUGUUGCUACGGUAACGUCGUACGAUAUCCUAUCGGACGCCGAAGUACAGACGCUGGAAGCAGGAAGUGAAAUCGUCUACGGGGACGCGACUUUUAGCUCUGAUGCUGUGAACCCGGACACCCCCCGUCGGUUCAACUUGCACAACAUCCAGGCUAGCUCCGACAUUGGCUGUGCAAUGCUCGACAUUAUGGUGCCUCCUUACGACAAUGCAAACCGCAAUUGUCAUCAUUUCAAGAUACUGGAGCACAAGAUGGUGCGCAACGAGCGCAUUUUCAAGAUGCUGGAAAGUGUGAAGCCGGGCAAGCACAUGGAUUCUUCUCCUGCUGCAAAUGCGUCGUCAACGUUACCGUGA